CGCGAAUUAAUUCCCCCAAAAGGAGUCCGCCACAUUUCAGUUUCCCUCCCAAAACCCAGAAAUGGCGCUUCCCAUCCCUCCUCUUUUAGGGUUUUGAAAAUUUCCCCACUCCCUCUCUCACUCCAGCCAUCGAUCGAUUUCCUCUCGCCGAUCUCUCGAACACUCUCUCUUCACUCCCGUAACCCUAGCGACGACGGCCCCCCUCGCCGGUCCGGUGAUGUCGUCGGUGGCUGCGAAGCUCACGGAUGGCGCGAUAUGGAAGAUCUGCGAGCGCGAGCUCGUCGGGGAGAGCGAGGUGAAGCCGGUGGUGCAGGUGGUGGACAUGAAGAUGGUGAAGACCCCGAGCAAUCAGAACCAGAACCCGAGCGGCGGCGUGGAGCGGGAGAGGCAGAGGUUCCGGAUGGUGCUGUCCGACGGGACCCACAUGCAGCAGGGCAUGCUCGCGACGCAGCACAACCACCUGGUUGACUCGGGGCGGCUGCAGAAGGGCUCCAUCAUCAGGAUGAAUCACUUCGUCUGCAGCCCCGUCAAGGAUCGACUGAUUAUCGUUAUUGUUGACUUGGACGUUGUACUUGACAAGCAUGAUCUUAUUGGAGAACCUGUAAUGGCGAAAGUUCCUGGAAGUGAAGCGGCAAAACCAAGUUUGCCCACACCCUCUUUACAGAACACGUAUGGUGGAUCUUACACGAGUAAUAUUGAUCAGGGAAGGUAUCCUGCAACAAGCACUGCUCCUUCUUAUGGCAAUGCUGCUCCCGUUGCUCCUGCGUACUCAAACACAGAACCUGGUGUUCCUAGGUCAGCUCAGUUUGGUGGGUCCUAUACUAAUCAGAACAUGGGUUUCCGUAAUAAUACCAAUGAAUUUCUACGCACACCUGUAAAUACCUAUGCCCACCAGCCUCAGCCAUCAUAUCAGCAACCGCCACCAAUGUACAUGAAUCGAGGACCUAUAGCAAAGAAUGAAGCUCCCCCUAGGAUAAUUCCAAUAGCUGCUCUCAACCCUUACCAGAACAGGUGGACAGUUAAGGCCAGAGUGACUGCAAAGGGUGAGCUUAGGCAUUACAACAAUCCGCGUGGUGAUGGAAAAGUGUUUUCUUUUGAUCUUCUUGAUUCGGAUGGUGGGGAAAUCCGUGUGACAUGCUUUAAUGCUGUCGCUGACCAGUUUUACAACCAGAUUGAAACGGGCAAGGUGUACUUAAUUUCCAGGGGUACUUUGAAACCUGCUCAGAAGAAUUUCAAUCACCUCCGAAAUGAUCAUGAGAUAUAUCUGGAAACCACCUCUAUCGUACAGCCAUGUAAUGAGGAUGAUAACCAAAUUCCAAGGCAGCAGUUUCAUUUUCAUCCCAUUAGUGAUGUUGAAGGCAUGGAAAGCAACAGUAUUGUCGACGUAAUUGGUGUUGUUCACUCUAUAAAUCCGGUUGCAUCCAUAAUGAGGAAAAAUGGUUCUGAAACUCAGAAAAGAACCCUUCAUUUGAAAGAUGAGUCUGGCCGAAGUGUCGAAUUGACUUUGUGGGGGAACUGUUGUAAUGCAGAAGGUCAAAGGCUGCAAAUUCUGUGCGACUCUGGACAGUAUCCGGUACUGGCAGUGAAAUCUGGUAGAGUCAGCGAUUUUAAUGGGAAGGCAGUGGGUACUAUUUCUACUAGCCAGUUAUUUAUAGAGCCUGACAUCGAAGAGGCUCGCAGGCUCAAGGAGUGGUUUGAGCGGGAUGGUAAAACUGCCCCUACAGUAUCCAUAUCGAGAGAAAUGACAAGCAUGGGCAGGACAGAUGCAAGAAAAACUAUAUCGCAAAUCAAAGAUGAAAAGCUAGGGACUUCUGAGAAGCCAGAUUGGAUUACAGUUUCUGCCAAUAUUGCAUAUAUAAAGUUGGAUAAUUUCUGUUACACAGCCUGUCCCAUUGUAAUUGGAGAUCGCCAAUGCAACAAGAAAGUUACAAACAACGGCGAUGGGAAAUGGCGGUGCGAUAGGUGCGACCGCUGUGUUGAUGAAUGUGACUACAGGUACAUUCUCCAGAUCCAGAUUCAGGACCACACUGGGCAAGCAUGGGUGACUGCAUUUCAGGAAUGUGGUGAGGAAAUAAUGGGUGUGUCUGCAAAGGAGUUGUUCUCUCUGAGAACUGAGCAUGAAGAUGAGAGGUUCGGAGAAAUCGUCCGCAAGGUUUUCUUCACCAAAUUCCUAUUCAAGUUAAAAGUGAAGGAGGAGAUCUUUAGUGAUGAACAACGCGUGAAGUCUACUGUUGUCAAAGCAGACAAGGUAAAUUUCUCGUCAGAGGCCAGGUUUCUUCUGGAUUUAUUGGAGAAGAACAGAGCAGAUGGGUCUGGUUCUUCUGAUGUCAAGUUGGAAAACUUAGUUUCGAACUCCGGGAUGAACAGUAUUUUAACUGGGAAUGCUGAGAGUAAGCAAUCUUCAUCUUUUGCGGGGAACUAUUCCAUGGGAAACAAUGCUGGUACGGGAGCUUAUAGGUCACCGGCGAACUCUACUUCGGCAGUUCAACAUGGAAACCAGUACAAUGGUGCUAGACUUUCCAUGACUGGCCCACUCGAUAUGAAUUCAAGCUGCACUAGCUGCGGGAGAAGCGGCCAUAGCUCAACAAAUUGCCCGAGCAUCAUGAGCGGCCCUUCUCAGACGAUGGGAGGGGCAUACAUGAAUAGAGCUCCUGGAGGUUCUGGUGAUACAUGCUAUAAGUGCAAUCAAACUGGGCACUGGGCAAGGGACUGUCCUGGGCUAAGUGCGGUUCCACCUGCCUAUGGAAGCAGUGCCACAACACCUGGGAGGUAUGGGAUGGUUUCCAGGGAAAGGGUCGGUGGGUUUUGAGAGUAAUGUAAUGGAGCCAGCUCUUUUUUAUACCUUUUCUUAUCCUUGUUCUUUUGGGUUUGAACGAUGGUAAGGCGUUCCAGUGUUUCGUGGAGGGAAUAUGAUGCAGGAGGAUGCCCUGUGCUGUGUGAGGAAUAUUUUUGGAGUAAGGGUUGGAAUAAGCUGACUCGCGGUUUCAUUUCAUGAAAAAUGCUACCCUUUACUAAUUCUCAAGUCUAUGAAGGAGUUCAACCAAAAAAAAAAGUCUAUGAAGGAGCGGUGGGAGGGGGUUCGCGUUUAUAAUGAUGAGGAGGUGCUGUUUUUCACAGACAUUUGUUUGAUAACUGUAGUGGUGUCCUUCGUAAUGUGUUAGCUCGAGUAUUUUUCUCUAUACUUUCCUCCAGUAUUAUCAUCAGAUAUUUGUUCGGUUUAGUUUUA